CAAUAUGUCAGCCUCCAUGAUCAUGGUCAUGUGUAUGAACUUUUUUCCCGACACAUCACUGCACUGUAAUUUGUAUUUGUAAACAGUUAGUUUACAACAACAGAGUAAAGUCAUAGUUGAAGAGAACUAUUUAGCGAUGGAGAAAUCUGACUUGAUCAAAGUCCGAGGAAGGAACUUUCUUUGUCAACUUUGUGACAUAAAAAUCACAUCAGAAAAAGCUGUUGAAGACCACUUGAAAGGGAAGAAACAUCUAAGACUGGUUAGUCUCCAAGAAAGCCGCCAGCAACAGACUCAAAGAAGCAUCUUUGUCGGAGGAUUAAGUCGGAUAAAUGGGGAAGUACAGCUCGGAGAUUAUUUUUCAAAGUUUGGUGAUGUGGCACGAAUCAUCAUUGACAAAGAUAAGGCUCACUUCGCCAUCGUGGAGUUCAAGAAUGAUGAGUCGGCAAAGAGCGCCACUAGUGUUGAGCGGCAGGUCAUGAAUGGCCAAAAGAUUGUGGUGAGACCCAGGCAGCCCAAGGCAAACCCAACUCCGGGAGGUUCAGUUGGAUCUGCCAAAAGUAGACGAUGUGCUCAAAAAGAUGGCCAUGGAAAGGGGAAAAGUAGCGAAGAACAAUCAAAGCAAAACAAGGAGCUGUAUCAAGCACUUGCCAAGGAAGAGUCUAUUUCUGCCCAGAUGUCAACCCUCGUCCGGCUAACAGAGCUAACCGAGGGCGAUGUGAAACUCCGUCAUCUUGUCUGUGAUCUUCUGCAGAGUGCCCUGGAGGAGCUACUCCCUGGUUGUCGGGUCACACCUUUUGGUUCCUCCAUCAAUGGCUUUGGUGUCCAGGGAUGUGAUCUUGAUAUACAUCUUGAGUUAGGAGAGUCUUUGAAGUCCGUCAGUAAGACGUCACAAGAUAUUAAAGAAACUGUUGAGGAAUCAGCUGGUCCAGUAGAUGACAUCACAUCACCUGACCUCACUUCAGCCUCCCCAUUGGAUAUCCUCUCCUCAGUCAGUGAUGUCAUUAAACGCUGUGUACCGAGUUGUUAUAGUAUCCACUUCAUACCAAGUGCUAGGUUACCAGUGGUGAAGUUCACCCAUAAAGAAUCUGGACUCCAAUGCGAUGUAUCUAUGAAUAACAGCCUAGCACUCAAGAACACAAAGCUCCUAAAAUUCUACAGCAGUCUCCUACCACAAGUGCGCCCUCUUGUGUUCACAGUACGCCGCUGGGCUAAAGUAUGUCAACUGGCAGGAAACACAGGAGCUGGGCCUCGUCUUACUAACUAUGCCUUGACUCUGAUGGUGUUAUUCUAUCUGCAAGCUAGAGAGCGCCCUCUAUUGCCAAGUGUGACCAAGCUGGAACAAUCUGGUGAUGGACAAGACAGUGUUUUCUCUCAAGACACUUCUUUCUCCCUGUCUGAAAGUACAGAAACACAAGCUGAAAUUCUUUCUGGAUUCUUCAAUUUCUACGAUGGAUUUGAAUUUAAGAGAAGUGUCAUCUGCCCAUUGUAUGGAAAGACUGCCUCGGUGUCUGAAGUCACAAACCAAAAUGAUGAUGGUGCUUCACAAAGAUCCUUUAAGAUAGGGUCAGUUAAUAUCAGAGAUCCAUUUGAGUUGUGGCAUAAUGUUUCUCUAAACGUCAAUGAGAAGACAUUGGAGAGGAUAUCAACAGAGUUCACACGUUCUGCUACUCUUUGUCGUCUGGCUUAUGCGCAAGGGAAAAGUUUGAAUGAUGAGAACUGGGGUCUACUCUUGUUGUUCGGUGCCUCCGCAUCCAAAACCUCAUCGUUGACUAAAUGCCCCUCGGAGAUUAGUACCGAGUCGGCAACAGACAACUUCAGGUUUGAAAUCAGUCCUAAAGUCACCCAUCUACCAUCUAUGUUCCUUUCUGACCUGCGAACUGAUAAAGUAGUUAUGUGGCGUGGUGCAGUGAAACAACUCGCUUUCCAUCUGCUGAAAAGGGUCUUGAAAUUUGAGUGUCGUUGGUUGCUGAGCGAGGAGGCUGUGGAAACUCCCAAGAAACCUAUAGAGAGUAGCGGUAAAGAACACACAGUUGGCUCUGACUCGCCUCUUGAGGGCACUGUCCAAGCAUCUGUUUCUGAAUGUGAAGAUGCACAGCCACGUAAACGCUGCAAGGUAGAUCUUGCAGAGGAGGCUUUCCAAGAAGCAACAUCACUACAAGAAACCUCUGAAGACAAAAAGAUGUGGGACUCGGAGAAAGAGUGGCUUGAGUGUGUAGUUUAUUAUCCUGUGUGGCUCGGGAGACGCAAAGCAAGACGUCAGGUAAAAUCCCAAGACAGCAACCAAACAAAAACAGAAACUGAGCAAUCAAACACAGAAAUAGCCGCCUCCAAAGAUGGAAGAAGCAAUCCAAGAUUAACAUCAGAAAAUCUGAUGGAUACAGCUCCAACAGAUGAUGGCACUGAUCUUAAGAAACAGGUCAUGCCAAUACCUAACAAAGAUAGCCACUCAUUGGCUACCUCCGGGGAAGCCCUCCUAACUAAAGACAGAUCAUGUGACCACCCUCCAAGGUACCAGUUCACCGGUAACGAUCUCAAUCUUGAGACGCAAGUCACUGAUCUUAUCGUUGCAGAGAAACUCCAGCGAAGUCCUUCAUCCAUCACGCCUAUUUUGAGAUUCAGUUUGAGUGUAGUUGAUAGUAACGCCAAGGGGGGCAGUGGCCUCAUCCUACUCUUCCGGUCUCAAGGUGGAAAUGAUGCCAACCUCAAAGAGUUUUUGCAUUUCUUUGAGAUUUUCUUCAAGAACAUGCUAGAUCAGAGUGUGAUUACUGCGAAAUCAGAGUAAGAAAAAAGGUUUACUUGUUCAAAAUUUGUCUGAAUUCUUGCAUUUCUUUGAGGUUUUUUUAAAGAAGUUGCUAGAUUAUUGUGUGUGAUCACAUUGACAUCAGACUAAGAAACUGGGUUUAUUUGUCCAAAUGCUUUGAAUUACUGCAUUUUUGUCCAAGGUGUAGAUCAUUGUGUUUGAUCACGGCGACAGCAGAGUAAACAAAAUGGGUUAAUUUGUUUAAAAGAUGCUUUGAAUUCUUGCAAAAUUCUUAAAAUUUUAUUCAAGAUGCAAAAUCAGUGUUUGUGAUAACUGCAAAAUAACAGUAAGAAGAAGGGGUUGAUUUGUUCAAAACAUGAUUUUGAAUUCUUGCAUUUCUUAAACCUCUUUCUUCACAAAGAUGCUAGAUUAGUGUUUGAUCACUGCUGCAUCAGGGUAAGAAAAUGGGUUCGUUUCUUUUCAAAUAAUAUCCUUUUAUGCUUCUGUUGUUGUCCUUGGCCUUGGUGCCCCUUCAAAAGGUUUCCAUAAACUUUAAGAUUUUUCCAAUGGAAGUGCUCUUUCGAAAUUAAAAAGGCCUUGCCCCCUCAAAGAUGAAAAUACAAGGCCUGAUGGCCUCAUUAUUGAAAGAAAGUGGGUUUAUUAACCCAACAAUUGUUUUGAAUUUUGUUUGUGUUUCAUGUAAAAUCCAUCUCCAAAGUGUAGACUUUGUUUUAAAAUUUAUCAGAAUCUACGAUGAUUCCAAAUUUGUUUGGAACUUAUUUCUUUUUCUAUUGGUUUUAGUUUUUAAAAUUUUAAUUUUGUUUCCUUAUACUAAACUUUACAAUCUUAAUGAAAAGCUUGCCAAGAGAUUAUUAUUUUUUUGAGAGAGAGAGGUUUGGGGCAAACUGGCCUUGUACUUUGAUAUACCUUCAUCACCGUGUGGCCAUCUUGAAUUCACUCCAUUCCAACUCAUUGUAACCAAACUGAGGCUGGACGAAAUAUUA